GUGUGUGCUGGGUAUCGGGCAGGGGCGGCCACUGGCGGCUGUGGGCACAUACUUGGCGUGGUCCCCGGGUGGUGCCACGGUUUUAGCCGCGCAGGUGUGGGGAGCGCGGUAAGCUGGCGGAGCAGUACCUCUGGGGCAGCGCUCAGAGCCGUGCCCAUACCCCUGUGCUCCGAGUGUGGCCCCCUGCCGUCCCCUCCCAGUGUGGCCGUGCCCGAGUGCCCGACGGAGGAGUGUAGGUGAAGUGGUGGCAGCUGUGUUGCGUGUCGGUGGUGGGUAGUGUGUGUGUCCAUGUGUCCUACAGAGACCCCGCCACAGUCUGGUGCGGUAGUGGAGUAGUAGUAGUAGUGCAGCACUGCAGAAGAAGGAAGUGUGUGUGAGUGUGUGUCCGGCCGAGCUGAGGAGGUAUGAUGCGUGAUCGAGAUGCCAUGUCUACCAGCAACAGCGCCGCCUCCUCCUCUGCUGGGGGAGGCGCCGUCGUGGAUGCUACCGUAGUAGGAGAGGACCCAGUACCUGCGUCAGGAAGCAAAGGAGAUGGGAGGAAGGGCCGCUCCAAAAACAGAGGCCAUGAGAAGCCCAAGAAGAAGAGGUUCCUCAGCGCCUCCUCCAGGUCCCUCUCCGCCAUUCCCAACCGCAUCCAGCUGUCCAUGCUUAACUCCGGCCUCAUCACUAUCACGGAGGAAGACAAGGCUAUUGGUGCUAUCCCCACGAAGCCUAUGGACUCCAAGGACCUGCCCAGGAUAUGUUCACAGCACCGUCGCUACCCUAUCCUCUACAAGGUCGAGUUCCAGAUGGCAUCAAAGGUGGAGCCACACUCUCUGCGUCACGCGCUGAAGGAAGCAAAUGAACUCAAGAACACCAACAAAAGAAGUAUUGCUUAUGACUACAACAGAGUGGUACUGGAUCCACUGCCUGAUUCCCCAGACUCAGACUACGUCAAUGCCUCAUAUGUUGAUAGUCUUCUAACACCAAAGGCCUAUGUAGCGACACAGGGCCCAUUAGAAAACACUAUUUGUGACUUCUGGCGGCUGGUGUGGCAACAGAAAUCCCGUAUUAUCGUCAUGCUUACCAAAACAUUCGAUUUUAUUAAGGUUAUGUGUGUACAAUACUGGCCAGCGAUGGUUGGUUGCCCUGAUCACUAUGAGGGCAUCAAGGUCGACCUUCUAAAAGAAGAGCAACUCGCUAACUUCCAGAUCCGCACGCUAAAACUCAGCUUAGAGGGACAUCCUGAAGAAGAGAGAGAAAUAGUACAGUUCCACUACACAGAAUGGCCGUCACACACGCAACCUUUCAUCAAUGGCCUCUUAGAGUUCCGGCGGAGAAUCAAAUUAUGGACGCAAGCCAACCUCACUCCAGCUGACGGCCCCAUCAUAGUACACUGCAGUGACGGAGGUGCAAGGACGGGUGUGUACAUGGCUGUUGACGCCAACCUUGAGCUACACGAGGAAGAUGGGAAGUUCGACAUCUAUGGUUAUGUCAAGAGAUUGAAGCAGGCGCGUCCAGGACUGAUCGAGACAGUGAAUCAGUAUCGGUUUGUAUACGAUGCCCUGGAGGAGUUCCUUUUAUGUGGCUACUCCUUCUUCCCCGUUAGUGAACUGUCUCAACGUCUCAAACACAAGUCUAUGAAGAUCAACGGGAACAAGAGCGAGUAUCAGAUAGAGUUCGAGAAAAUUUGUAAGAUGACUCCAAGGUUUACCAUCGGUGACUGUGCGGGCGGGCACCGAGCGGACAACCGAGUCAAGAAUCGUAACGUUCUCUGUGUUCCUCCUGACAACUUCAGACCGUACAUCACAUCAUUCCAAGGCAACAGCAACACCGAUUACAUUAACGCAGUUUGUGUUGAUGGGUACUUGAGGCCCCGGGAAUACAUAGUGUCCGAGUGGCCCCUGAAGUCGACCACCUCCGACUUUUGGUCCCUUGUGUACGACCAUGAGGUGACUUCCGUCGUAGUCCUGUGCAACCCCUCACCCUUGGAGGCCUCGCACUAUCCCCCGUUUUGGCCAGACAAACAGAAAUCAAUGAAAUAUGGACCCGUUUUUACCAUUGACCACACAAGUCACCAACAUUACCAAAAUAUUCGCUCCUGGGUGUUCAAAAUCAGCAAGAAGAUUAUUUUCCCUCAACGCACGAGGCUGGCGACUGUUGUGGAUGAAGUCCAGGGAAAGAAUAUUGUAUCCCUCACGGAGCUGAUGGCAGGCAUCAAGGCAGAACCCAAGACAUGCCACUUGUUCCAGCUCAUGUGUUGGCCUCAGGGACACAAGGUACCCACCUCCACUAAUGCCCUUGUUGAGCUCAUGAAUAUGGUGGAACGGUGGAGGCAGCGGACUGGCUAUGGACCUGUGGUGGUGGUCAGCCCUGAUGGCAUGAGUCGUGCUGGGGUGUACUGUGCUGCCAAUGCCUGCAUCGAACAAGUGAUUCAACACGGUGAGGUAGAUGUCUUCCAGGCUGUCCAUACUGUCAGACGACAUCGUCCUCAGCUCACCAAUAAUAUGACGGAGUACAAGUAUUGCUAUGACCUCGUUCUUCAUUAUGUUCUUCACUUCCUGUCAAAGGAGGGUGAGGAAGAAUAUGAAGACUUAAAAGAAAUUGAAAGCUUGAAUCAGCAAUGAAAGAUAAUUUUGAAGGCAAUGAGUCAAGAUAUGGCAUUAGGCUUGUCAGAAGAAAAUGGAAAUCUUGUUUUAUGACCUGUGUACUGUACUGUAUAUGAAGCAGUGCUCUGACACAGCAUUGCCAUGUUUAUCUGUUGUUGUUAAUAUUGUGCUUUUGUUAUCUGGCUCUUGACACUUGGUUUGAAAGGGAGACUAUAUGAGUCUUUUCAUUUUUUUAUUUUUUUGUUUUUUUCGUACAAAAUUUUUUAAAAGGAUGGGAAUAUUGUAAGCUCAAGAAAGGAUCACUAGAUGAGGAAGAUGAAAACAAAACUUGAAUAACAUUAAUACUAUAACAUUGAUAAGUAAUAUAUGAUCAGUUUAAGAAUAAGGGCCAUACUGUAGCUUAUUACAAAUAAGUGUACAGUAUGUACAUUCUGUGCUAACAUGCAUUACUGUGGCUCUUCAGUACUGUACAGUACAUGGAAUUUGGUGAUCAUUUUGCAGAGUGCAUUUUCAUAGUACAAUUAGUACUAUAAACAAAAUAACAAUUUUGAAGAUACUUUUAAAACAUUAAGAUGUUUUUAGAGGUAAGGUAUGGACACCUUUCCACCUAGCACUCACUGGUAUGGUACUCACACGACAUUUAUUACUAUAAGAUUACAGGGUACUUACUAUUACAUAGAUAUCUUCUGAGUCUUGGAGAAGUGUGUUUCUUGAGAUACACGGGACUGAGUCUUAUGUUAGGUUUGUAGACAUUGGCACUUAAUUAUUUAUUUAUUUUUGUUAAAAGAUAGGUUGCCUCAAAUUUGACAGUGCUAAUAAUUUACAAGUUAUUUAUAGAUAUGCAAGCUGUUUUUUCUAUGAACUCUGGAAAACUAUAAGGUUUAGAAUCAAGUGUGUUGGUUAAGAGUGUGGUAGAGGUUGGUGUAUUCCAUUCUUGUUUUGUGCUGUUAUGAAACACCCAGGUGGUGGACUUCUUACUGUGGAUAUAGAACAUAAUGGAGGAAGACUUCUUAUGCAUGUAAGUUAAGUGUACCCCUUCAUACACAGGCUCAUGAACAUAUAUUUUAUCUUUUAGUGUACUACUGUAGUACAAUGAUAUUAGUACAUGUAAUUGCUGUAUGUACAUCUUUAUAUGAAAACUUAUUAAGAUUUUAUAGUUUUAUGAUGCUUCUUGUUGUGUAAAGGAGAGAAUAAUUUGUGAAUAUGUAUAUAGUGAGUAUUCAAACUUGGUUACUUAUGCACUAGACACCAAUAAUGUACUUCACUGUUACUGAAUUAGCUGCCGAGUAUAGACUAAAUAUCCAUAUAGGGUGAAGCACUUGCCCAGAAAUGUAGUUAAUGAGUUAUAGCACAGUAAUCUUUACCACAGGGUAGUGUCAUGUAAGAAAUGUUAAGUUUUCAAGCCAACCGCAUGAACCAUGUCAAGGGCUGCUCAUGUUGCAUGUUGUAUAUUUGUAUAUAAUUGAUUUUGCCAGGCUGUUUAUCAGUAAGGUGAGCUGGUGGUUAUUAUUAAUGAUAAGACGGUUCCCUUAUUUGACACACUCAGCCAAUACAAGCAUUCCUUUCCCCAUGUCUUCCAUACCUGUUAGCUGCAUCUACACCCAAUGGUUUUUACCAUAUAUCGAACAUUGGAUCUUGCACCCAAGUUAGCCAGACAAAAGUUUUGCUCAAAGAUUUCCAGACAUGUUAAUUUGCCUUCAAGCAAUUUUGUAUAGGGAGGAUAUCGUUUUUUCAACUUAAAAUGUUCGACCAUUAUCUUUGUCAGUUUUGGCAAUACUGUGUGUAUGUGUCUCUCUCUCUAUAUAUAUACAGUAUAUCAUUCAACUAAGCCUCUUCCUGCUGUGGUGCACGGUGGCCAGUACAAGCUGAUCUGAUGCUUGGCAUUUAGCAGCUAAUGGGUUGCCCCUCCCCUUUGGCAGGAUGCUAGUCCACCAAAGGGUUGUUCCACCAAUAGCAAGCUGUUGGUGUACUCAUUUAUGCUGUGGGCACAAGAACUAGUGUACAAUACAAGGAAAAAUCCCAAUCCUCCACAAUGGUCGGGAAUUGAACCCAUCACCAUUUGCUCUUGAAGCAUAUACUGCAUUACCAACUAAGCUAUGGUGCCGUAGGAGAUUCAGGAAUAACUUGUUAUUUUAGAUAUACAGUACAGGUAUGGGACCAUUUAUCUGGCAUAGUUGGGACCUGUUUUUUUCAGAAUUUAGAGUGCCAGGCCUAAAAUGUGAUAAAAAUGUACAGUAAAACCUCUGUGAAGACUCUGUUCAGAUCAUUAGAUAAAGUAGCUUUAACUGUACACUGUAACAUUAGAACUUAAAAUUUUAGGGAAAUAAACAUCAAUAACAAAAACAAAUAAAUAGUUCAAUAAUAAUGAAUGCAUAAAAAAUGCAAAAUUGGUACAAGUUAAUGCGCAGUGCGUACUACAAAUUGCGUCGUCGUUGCUCCUGAUACUUGCCUUAGCAACGGUGCUCACGCGUGGACCCUCGGACUUCUACGCACUCACCAACCAUAGAUAGGUAAAUCUUUAUACCUUAGGACAGUUAUUUUUUUCUAAAAACCAGUUUUUGUAAUAUACAGUACAUAGUCCAGAAUGAGACGUCUAGCUUUAUACCUAGGUAUGUAAAUGCCUAGCAUUAACUCACCAGGCCAACAUACAGGCAAUUAAAACAUCUAAUAAUUACUUAAAUACAGUACAUAAUAUUAGGACACGUCGCAACCUGUCAUUUAAUUGCAAUUCUCAAAACCUCCUCCCGCACCCUCCAUCACACGCAUUGCUCCCGCCAUCUUCUGUAAACAAAAAUAACCAUAACGUAACAUACAGAUAGCUCACAGGUGGGAAAUGGUUGGAAAUAUCCCCGCUCGGCCCGGAAUUAUUUUUGACGUUCAUUUUAAAUAAUGUUUCAGAACAUUGCCGGUUUUGGGAGCAUUCCAGAAACUGGGCCACCGGAUAAGUGGUCCUAUACCUGUAUUUUUAUUUCUAAGUUGAAUGUACUCUUGUGCCACAGCCAAAUUAAUUUACCAUUAUAUUUUAAAAAUAUUUGUUGCCAUUUUCAUAUGUGGUACAGUAUUUUGAACUUUACAUUACUAAACAGCAAAAGGUAGUCUAUAUGUGACCUCAUCUUUAACCCCAUAAAAAGCACUGCAUUUCCACUGGUGAGAAUAUAAGGUCAUGGAGUGUUUUCCAAAACCAUUACAUUUGUUCUUUGCUCUUGAGAAGAAAGUACAGUAUUAAUAUCUGUUGCAGUUAACCCAUCUUCCAUAACUCUCACCAUCUAGUACAUAUCACAUAUUCCUUAUGAUUUGUGUCCCACUGUACAGUAAUUCUGAUGAGCUGUUCGAGGUUACAGGUUUCCUGAUUACUGUACUGGUACUUUGAGUUCCUGGAAGUACUGUAUUUUGUACUUCCUUCUGCCUUGUAUCUAUUUUACAGGUUGGUAUUCAAUACUAUAGUGUUUAGUGUUUAUUUUAAGAAGUAAUGAUGAACUACUGCAAGGGAAUGUAAGGUGUGUCAGCUCAUAAGAGAUUAUACACAGUGGGACCUCAUCUGGUUCUGUAUUUGAGACAGAUAACAAGGGAUACACAGGGGAAACUAGGGUUAUACAUGCCAUAGUUUACCUUCCUGGCAGAGAAAUAUUGAUUUUUCCAUUUAAGUAGAAGCUGACAUACAGUGACAGUGUUACAAACGUUACUUUUUUCCGUGAUUAAAAAGUAUUCUGCAAAUACAAUGACUAUGUAAUGUAGACUGAACCCAACAGUAUACCUCUACUUUACAGGUGUUAUGAAAUUACUUAAGAAUUUGCUGAACAAUUGAUAGUUUUGUAUUUUUUUUGUAUAUUGGACUUUCUAGGCACUGACACUGCUUAAGAAAAAGGUGCGGCAAAUUACAUUUUUAUCUAUACCAUCGAAGCAAACCGUGUGAGCAGGACUGUGAAGAGUAGCGAAUACAUUAACCAAUAAUGCACCAUUUCUGAAGUUACAUCAUUCAUUAAUAUCUCAUCCUCAUUUGAAAUUUAUCAAAUAGCAUGGAUCUUUCACGUUGUUAUUUUGUUCUACAGGCGGUGCUGUUUUUGUACUGAUAGACUCUGACACUCAGGUAGAUUUUGAUUGUAUGACAAGAUGCAUUGAUCUUGUUGGUGACAGAUUGAUCCUCUUAGAAGUAAAGUUAGUGUGAAAAUAACAAAAAACAAUUACUGUAUACAUAAUUAUGACAAUUGUUCUGCUUAUUAAUGUAAAAGACCCACCCAAAACAACUUACAACUGCUAAGAUUUGUAAUUACAUGUAGCAGUUCACAUUGCCCCCCCCUUCCCUCAUCUACCAGUUUCCCUCCUGCCCAAGUUAUGUUAGACGCUAGGCAAGUUCCCUCUUCAUAUUGUUGCAAAGAAAUUUACCUUGGCUUUCAUCUUCAUAUCACUGUUUGUAUCAUAAAUUUGCAGGAUAAUACUUUAGUUUUCAUUUGGAGUUCACAUAUUUUUGUGCAUUUUGUAUUUAGUUAUUUUUUCUGCAAGAAGAUAUAAAUCCACACAAGAAUCAACGGGGCACCAUCAGGUUCUCUCGUAGAAUGCACUUACACACCACUAAAUUUCAGAAUUAUAUACCCAGGGGAAACAGAUGCCUGGUAAACUUUCCUUCAUCCAGAUACUUGCUAGUUUAUAAACAACAUGGACAGUUUUAAGGACCCCCUUUUAAUAAUAAAAUAAUUGUAAAAUAAACUGUGAAAAUUGGUACAAGAUCAACAAUUAUUUCCUUUAAUAAAGAGUUUGUUUUUGGUACACAAAUACUUUUUGAAAAUUGAGAUUAAGGAAAAGAUAAACAAAAGGUAAAUAAGGUUGAUCUGAUUCUCUUAUUGAUAGUUACUGAUGAAUGGAUGUCAAUAGAAAAAUUAAGAAUCUGAUUGUUUUAUCUGCACGAUUCCGCAGCUUGGUGUGAUGGUGGACAGUGUGCUGUGCGCACUGUCUUAUUUACACUUGGAGUUGCCAGGUUGCCUUCUUCAGGAAUGAUGGUCUUAUGCCCUUAUUUAUAUAAAUAAAGUUUCCACAAAACC